CCUGGGUGGUAAAUUUCUACAUUGUAAUUCGUUAUUGUUAUUAUUGUUAUUUUUUUUAUUUAUAUAAUUUUAUUUAUCUAGGUUAAAUGGGUAUGCAAAAAUGUGCUGCUUGAUGCUGACGGUUUGUUAUUGAAUCAAAGUGUACUUGUUCAGAAAAUGUGAAUAUCAGUGAGUUUGUACUUUGAACUGUCAGUAACAGCUUGAUUCCGCCUCAGAUGAGUUAUAGCGACUGUGAUUGGCCAGGGCGAAUGUCAGUCAAGGGAAGGGAGAGAAAAAAAAAGGAGAAGAAAAAAUGUUGUCGACAUGAUAACAGAGCGCGGGUGAAUAACAAGGGUUUUCAUGUGAAAAAUAGUCAGAAGAACUACGUUGUUUAAGUGUUAAGCUGAACAGUAUUCUGUUGUGAGGUCAACACGACCACACUAUGUAGUCAACACGACGCGAUUCGGAAGAACUGUAUUAGUUUAACGCUUGAUCGCUAUCGCAGUGAAUCAGACUUCAUGUGACUGGUGAGAAAGUUUACUCAAGUUUAUCCGUUACAUCUGCGAAUGUAAGCGUGUCAAAUGUGAUCAAAGCGAUUGCCAAGAACUGGUAGUGCAUCGAUCGAGAGUGACAAAGCCGUUGAGGAAGAAUCCAGAUAGCGCUCCUAAUCCCCGAGUGGUUAGGAGUUCCUCUGGCAUCGCGGGAGCAUCGCGGGAGUUUCACGGAGUUUGCUAACUGAUGUCUGCUGCAUGUGGAUGGAUCUGAUGGGUGACGGAAAUCAAUAACUCUUGCCACUUACACUCAGGUACACUUUGCUUAUUUUAUUUGUGCUCCUGUAGAGCGAAGCGGCCAUUUUACGUUUUACUCGGCCUCGACGCACACAAGCAACGUUCCAGGCCUGCAACGGUGUGUGAGUGUGUGUGUGUUGUGGGCCCACAAUAGAGUGUUUUUUUUUCCCAAUUGGUGAAUGAUUUAAUGGUUUAAAACUCUGUCAUAUUACGGUGUUACAGUUUGCAUUUCUUGUUGAAACUGAGGUUUGUUUACAUUUCUUUAUUACUGAGUUUCAUAGAGACCGGAAUUUCACUGGUAUAUUGGUUUGCACUGAGCAUUUAAAGACAAAUUAAUUUUUUUUGUAAAGUAAGGAAAAGUUAAUUUAAAGAGUGAUUCAUUAGCUAUCCUUAUUUUGAAGGGAAUCUAAAAGGUUAACCCUUUAAGUGCCUGUUGCUGAGAAGAGUUAAUCAAACACUGCAUUUGAAAAUACCACUUUUUUCGGAAGUUGUUUGAACAACUUUUAUUCAUCUCUAAUGUGAUUCACUUUUGAUUCACUUUCUUUUUUUGUUUAUUUUUAUUUUAUCUUAUUUUUUAAAUAAAUCCAUUGUGUAUUUCAGUUAUAGUGUGGUCACUUUACUAGUUGUAAUUGGUUAAACGAGGUUUUCAGAGAUCUGAGUUGCACUUUAUAAAAAGUAGUGUAGAGUCAAGGGUCACAGAUUGAUUAUAAAAUCACGUCGAGAGACAAAUAAACGAAUCUGGGUUCAAGCGUCUAACAUCCCAAAAGGGUAGAUACACUUAGGAUGGUAGGGGGCGCUACAUAAAGUGGGGGCUCGUCCGGGAUUGAUCCUUGCCCAGUACACUGCUUGAAAAAAUCAGUAAAGUGCUUAGAGAAAAACUACGGUUUAAGUGGAUCAGGCAAUUAUGGAUGCUGAUUAUUCAUCUUUACAAGCUGAACUCGACGAUUGGAGUCAGAAAGCAAUAAUUGAUCAGAAACAUGCCGUGUUACUGUUUGGAGUGCCAUCGGAUGUUGAGGUUGCACGCAUUGAGGAAACAAUCCAAAAAGUCAAAGCUUUGGGAAGAGUGAGAGUCAGGGAUUCUAAAGAAGGGCCCACUCCAGGGUUUUUACUUGUGCUAUGUGAGUGCAAAGAAGUGGUUGAUCCUUCUCGCGUGCCUGUAGAAGUGAUACCUGAAGGGGGUGAGACACCUUGGAAGAUAAUUGUAGCGAAAAGUGCUGAGUCACCAUCUGAUGGGUUUGCUGAGAAAUUAGCAAAGCUGUUGACACAAGAAGGAAAGUCUUUCACUGAUCUUCAAGCUAUGUUUUCUACUCCCAGUUCCAAUGCAGGUUCUCCAGAAGCAAUAAUCCGUGCGGUGGGUGAACUGUUGGAAAAGACCUCAAAACCUGUCAGCGAUGGAGGUGCAUACCGACGAUUAAGGACCUUUUCAGGUAUUGUUCCUACUCCGGCAGGGGAAGAGGCUUUGGAGAGCUGGAUGGAUCAAGCUAGAAUGAUGAUUACGGAGUGUGAAUGCUCGGAGAAAGAGAAGCGUCGACGUAUCAUUGAGAGCUUGAAGGGUUCAGCCCUGGAUGUUGUGAAAGCUGUCAGAUUUUCUAGCCCAGAUGCCACUUCUCUUCAGUAUCUAGAGGCUUUGGAGGGAGCUUUUGGAACUCCUGAAUCAGGAGAAGACUUAUAUUUUGCUUUCAGAUUACUGAGACAGAAUCCUGGUGAAGCUCUUUCUGAUUUCCUGAAGAGAAUGGAGAAAUCUCUGACCAAGGUAGCACAAAAAGGUGGGUUACCCUGGAAGAAUUUGGACCAAACAAGAGUAGAACAGCUAAUUCGGGGAGCUGUUGAAUCUGACUUGAUGUUGCUCCAGCUGAGAUUGAGAGAGAGACGAGGAAAUCCACCCACUUUUCUAACUCUCCUGAAUGAGAUAAGGGAGGCGGAAGAAAGCGAAGCUGCCAGACAUAGUCUGGGUUUUACUGUAAAGCCAGUUCCCCGGCCACGGGAGAGACAGAGUAGUUUGGCUGUUGUGAGAGAAUUGAAAGCUGAGAUUGAAGAGCUGCGGACAAAAGUGGCAGAAGGAUCGUCUAAAGUAACUAUGCCAGAGGUGAUGAUGGAGCCAAAGCCUAUUCCAAGAAAGAGAGGAGGUGACACAUCAGGGGAUUCAGAAGUACUCUCACUAAGGAAGCAGGUGCAAAGACUAGAAGAGCAGUUGGCUUCAUUGAGUAUUAGGCAGUCGCCACAGAUGACAAGAGAUCCACAUUCACUAGAGCAGGCUGAUACUUCUGUGAAACCCAGAUUUGAAAAAGCUCAAGAGGAUUACUUCUGUUACAAAUGUGGGGAAGAUGGCCACAUUGCUCCGAAGUGCAAAGCUCCUGAGAAUUACUGUCUGGUGAUACAGAAGCUUGUGCGAUCGUUACGAAAGGCCAGAAAUGAAAGAAUGGAUCAGAGUAGUAGUAAACACACUAGUGAUAAAGCCAGCUUUUCCCGGAAAAGCCAGACAGUUGCGGUUGAGAAGAGUAGUCUUCCUGAAGGAUUGGUGGGUCCAGCUCUGACAAUCACAAUGAAGAUCAAUGGCCAACCCUGUGAAGCCUUACUAGAUAGUGGAUCUCAGGUCACUAUCAUCUUUGAGCCAUGGUACUCUGAAAACCUGUCAUCAGUGCCCAUUCAGCCUCUCUCUGGUCUGUCCAUUUGGGGCCUUAGCACAGCCAGUUAUCCCUAUAAGGGUUAUGUCUUGGUAGACGUUUCUUUCCCUGCUUCUGUCAUGGGCGUGGAAGAGACUGUUUCCAUCCUUGCUUUGGUUUGUCCAGAACCGGAAGGUCCUAAACAAGUGCCUGCGAUCAUUGGGACAAAUGCAAGUUUUUUCCAACGUUUGACUGGACUUGGCACAGCUGGUCAUGAGACAGAUGAGGCACACUCAUUAAGAAUUCAGCUUCACAACUCAGAACUAGAAUCACGUGCAAAACUUGACAUACCUGCUGGAGAAGUCAAAUGGACAGGUCCAGGUGCUUGCGUCAUACCAUCAAGGGGAGAAAUGUGUGCUGUUUGUACAGUUGAGUCACAAAAACCACUUGAGAAAGAAAUUUUCAUGGUAGAAACCCCUUCAGAUGAUAUGCUGCCUGCAGGACUGUUCAUUCUUCCAGUUGUACUGCCCUCUUCUGCUGUAGAGGAGAACAAAUUCAAAGUGCUGAUUAAGAAUGAGACGUGCAAAGAGGUAACAAUACCAUCUGGAACAGUCGUAGCUCAUGUGUUUCCUACAGAUACAGUGACUGUGGCAUCUGUUACCCCGGUGGAAUCCAAGACCAUUAAUCCAAAGGUGUUUGAUUUCAACAAGUCCACCAUUCCAAAAGAGUGGGAAGAUAGACUUCGCCAGAAACUGUCUGUGAGAGGUAAUGUCUUUUCUCAGGAAGAAUGGGAUGUAGGACUGGCAAAGGACGUUAAACAUUGCAUCCGUUUGAGUGACUCUAGGCCAUUUAGAGAGAGAUCUCGACGAAUUGCUCCAGCUGAUAUUGAUGAUGUCCGUCGACACCUCAAAGACCUGUUAGCUGCGGGGAUUAUUAAAGAAUCCCGGAGUCCUUAUGCUUCCCCAAUUGUAAUUGUUCGUAAAAAAAGCGGUGCAAUACGCAUGUGUAUCGAUUAUCGGACUUUGAACAGCAGAACUCUUCCUGAUCAGUACACGACCCCACGCAUAGAUGAUGCGUUGGACUGUCUUGCAGGAAGCAAGUGGUUUUCAGUCUUAGACUUGCGGAGCGGCUACUACCAAAUAGCCAUGGCAGAUGAGGACAAGGAGAAGACUGCUUUCAUAUGUCCUUUAGGGUUCUAUGAAUUUGAAAGGAUGCCACAAGGAGUUAGUGGAGCUCCUGCAACCUUCCAAAGACUUAUGGAGCGUGCAGUUGGGGACAUGCAUCUGCUAGAAGUGAUAGUGUACCUUGACGAUAUUAUUGUCUUUGGGUCCACUCUAGAAGAACAUGAACAGAGGCUUUUGAAAGUCUUAGACCGUUUAGAAGAGUAUGGAUUGAAGAUUUCACUGGAUAAGUGCCAGCUCUGUAUGUCACAGGUCAAAUAUGUGGGCCAUAUUGUCUCUGCUGAUGGUGUUGCUCCUGACCCGGAGAAGAUAGAAGCAGUCACUAAGUGGAAGCUGCCCACAGAUGUAAAAACCUUAAGGUCAUUCCUAGGAUUUUGUGGUUUCUACCGACGCUUUGUCAAAAACUACUCUGUGAUUGUGCGACCCCUGACAGAACUCACCAAAGGGUAUCCUCCAGCAAAAGGGGGUGGAAAAGUCACCACAGAGAGAAACUACUUCAAAGAGGCAGAGCCAUUUGGUGAGCGGUGGGGCGAAGAUUGUACUAAGGCCUUUAAAACCAUCAUCUACUGUCUUACGCAUGCCCCGGUCCUGGCAUUCGCUGACCCUUCCAAAGCCUAUGUUCUACAUGUGGAUGCAAGUGGGAAUGGCUUAGGUGCAGUGCUGAACCAAGAGUAUCCGGAAGGACUCAGACCAGUAGCAUACGCUAGUAGGAAACUAAGUACAACAGAGCAAAGAUAUCCUACUCAUCAACUGGAAUUCUUAGCAUUGAAGUGGGCUGUGGUGGAUAAAUUUCAUGACUACCUUUAUGGGGUGAAAUUUGUUGUAAGAACUGACAAUAAUCCACUCACCUAUGUCCUCACUACAGCUAAGUUGAACGCGACAGGACAUCGCUGGCUGGCGGCAUUGGCCACAUACGAUUUCAGUCUUCAAUAUAAGCCUGGACGUCAUAACAUCGAUGCCGAUGCAUUGUCUCGUUAUCCCUUAGAAAGCGAGUCACCUGAUGGAUGGACGGAAAUAUCCCAGCCAGGAGUGAAAGCAAUCUGUCAGAUGGUGACAAGUGACCAAGAUGAGGAAUCUUCCACCAGAUUGGUAGAUCAGUUGGGAGCCGAUUCAAUCAUUGUUCCACCUGUUUAUGCAUCUUUUACACAGCUGGAGCUAGGAAAUCUAAAACAGUUGACACAUGCUGAGCUUCAGUUCGCUCAAGACAAAGAUCCAGUCAUUGGACCAGUGAAGAUAGCUGUGGAGCAAGGAAAGGUACUUACGCCUAGUGCAAGUGCUAACCUCCGUAUGACUCUAUUGCUGAGACAAAGUUCUAAGCUGGUUUGCCAGAAUAAGUUACUGUACAGAGUGUCCAUCAGUCCCUGUGGUAAAGAGAAAAAACAGCUCGUUUUACCUGAACAGUUCCACCAACAAGUAAUGUAUUCAUUACAUGAUGAUGCUGGACAUCUCGGAAUUGAGAGGACUACAGAGCUCCUGAAGGACAGAUUCUACUGGCCACAAAUGACUUCUGAGAUCGAGAAGUAUGUAAAAAACUGUGGAAGAUGCAUAACCAGAAAGACAUUGCCUCAGAAACGUGCACCCCUGAGUAACAUCACAAGUAGUGGGCCAAUGGAACUUAUAUGUAUUGAUUUCCUGUCAAUAGAACCAGAUUCUAAGGGUCUUGCUGAUGUCCUGGUUGUUACUGACCAUUUUACCCGGUAUUCCCAAGCCUACCCGACCAAAGACCAGAAAGCAGUUACGGUUGCCAAGAUUCUCUGGGAGAAGUUCUUUGUGUAUUACGGACUUCCAGCCCGUAUACAUUCAGACCAAGGGAGAGACUUUGAGAGUCGGCUUAUUAAAGAACUCCUGGGAAUGCUGGGGAUUAAGAAGUCAAGGACGACACCUUACCACCCUCAGGGAGACCCACAACCUGAGCGAUUUAAUAGGACACUACUCUCCAUGCUGGGAACAUUGGAUGUUGCAGAAAAGCAAAAGUGGAGCCAGCAUAUCGGCAAACUAGUACACGCGUACAAUUGUACUAAAAAUGAGGCUACAGGGUACUCCCCUUACUUUCUUUUGUUUGGAAGAGAAGCCCGCUUGCCAAUCGAUGUGUGCUUUGGUACUUCUUCAGAUGGGAGAGAAGGACAGACAUACCAGAGGUAUGUGGAAGACCUGAAGACAGAUCUUCAGAAAGCCUACAAACUAGCUUCUGAAUCUGCUCUAAAGAAUCAUCAGAGAAACAAACGUCUCUAUGAUCAAAAGGUGAAAUAUCAAAGCAUAAGCCCUGGAGACCGUGUGCUUAUUCGAAAUCUCAGUUUCACAGGAAAGCACAAACUGGAGGAUAAGUGGAAUUCGGCCCCGUACAUUGUUCUUGAAAAGCUUGAUAAUUUGCCUGUGUACAGACUCAAAUCAGAGAAAGAAACUGGAGGAGUCAGGACAAUGCAUAGAGAUCAUCUCUUACCUAUUGGACAAUCGGUGAGAAUGCCUAAACCAGAUAAGAAGCAAGAAGUUCCUCAAAGGCCAGUAACUAGGUCUAGAGCUACCAAAGAGCACAAAGAAACAUUGAGAGAGGAAAGAGUAUUGGGACCUCCUGUAACUGCUGAUAAUUCCUCAGGGGAUGAAGAUGGAAGCGAUGGGUACUAUUUUCCAGACAGGUCUAAACAAUGGACACAGUUAAUUCCUGAUCUCCAGCACAAGCUUGAAGUUCAAGAGAAUGAAGUAACUGCCCACACAGACAGUGAAUCUCAAUAUUCUGGAGAAGAGGAAGUGGUGGAGGAAACCUGUGAAAAUGAGGAUUCCAGAGAGAAUAGGCACCCGAUUGUGGAUUUGAGGGAAGAAGAAUCUUUAGAAGGAGGAGUAGAUAGCUCUGAUAAUGCCUCAGACUUGCAAUCCGAACCCAUGGAGCAUCGUCCUAAAAGGAAGCUGAAACCGGUGUUUAAGUUGAGCUAUGAUGAACUAGGCAAAUCUAGUGAGAGACCCGUAACAGUUGUGCACAGAGGAAUAGUUAUUCAUUUGACAGAUUCCUCAAAGAUUGAACUUUGCCCUUCUGAAAAGUAUCAACAUUUACCUAAGUGUGCUAGGUGUACUAGAAUAUGUGGUAACUCUGAGAAUACACUCAUUAUCCAUAGUUAAAUUCCGUAUGCUCAUGGGGACAUGAGAAUUCUAGAAGGGGGAGGAUGUAACCCUGGGUGGUAAAUUUCUACAUUGUAAUUCGUUAUUGUUAUUAUUGUUAUUUUUUUUAUUUAUAUAAUUUUAUUUAUCUAGGUUAAAUGGGUAUGCAAAAAUGUGCUGCUUGAUGCUGACGGUUUGUUAUUGAAUCAAAGUGUACUUGUUCAGAAAAUGUGAAUAUCAGUGAGUUUGUACUUUGAACUGUCAGUAACAGCUUGAUUCCGCCUCAGAUGAGUUAUAGCGACUGUGAUUGGCCAGGGCGAAUGUCAGUCAAGGGAAGGGAGAGAAAAAAGAAGAAAAAAUGUUGUCGACAUGAUAACAGAGCGCGGGUGAAUAACAAGGGUUUUCAUGUGAAAAAAUAGUCAGAAGAACUACGUUGUUUAAGUGUUAAGCUGAACAGUAUUCUGUUGUGAGGUCAACACGACCACACUAUGUAGUCAACACGACGCGAUUCGGAAGAACUGUAUUAGUUUAACGCUUGAUCGCUAUCGCAGUGAAUCAGACUUCAUGUGACUGGUGAGAAAGUUUACUCAAGUUUAUCCGUUACAUCUGCGAAUGUAAGCGUGUCAAAUGUGAUCAAAGCGAUUGCCAAGAACUGGUAGUGCAUCGAUCGAGAGUGACAAAGCCGUUGAGGAAGAAUCCAGAUAGCGCUCCUAAUCCCCGAGUGGUUAGGAGUUCCUCUGGCAUCGCGGGAGCAUCGCGGGAGUUUCACGGAGUUUGCUAACUGAUGUCUGCUGCAUGUGGAUGGAUCUGAUGGGUGACGGAAAUCAAUAACUCUUGCCACUUACACUCAGGUACACUUUGCUUAUUUUAUUUGUGCUCCUGUAGAGCGAAGCGGCCAUUUUACGUUUUACUCGGCCUCGACGCACACAAGCAACGUUCCAGGCCUGCAACGGUGUGUGAGUGUGUGUGUGUUGUGGGCCCACAAUAGAGUGUUUUUUUUUCCCAAUUGGUGAAUGAUUUAAUGGUUUAAAACUCUGUCAUAUUACGGUGUUACAGUUUGCAUUUCUUGUUGAAACUGAGGUUUGUUUACAUUUCUUUAUUACUGAGUUUCAUAGAGACCGGAAUUUCACUGGUAUAUUGGUUUGCACUGAGCAUUUAAAGACAAAUUAAUUUUUUUUGUAAAGUAAGGAAAAGUUAAUUUAAAGAGUGAUUCAUUAGCUAUCCUUAUUUUGAAGGGAAUCUAAAAGGUUAACCCUUUAAGUGCCUGUUGCUGAGAAGAGUUGAUCAAACACUGCAUUUGAAAAUACCAGUUUUUUCGGAAGUUGUUUGAACAACUUUUAUUCAUCUCUAAUGUGAUUCACUUUUGAUUCACUUUCUUUU